AUGCAUCUUGAUACAAAUAUGGGUGAACAAUUGCCGUUAUUUUCAUGUAAAGCACAUAUAUUUCAAGUUGAUCCUGACACUCGAAAAUCUUGGAUACCAUUAUCGACUAGUGCAGUAAAUGUACAAAUAUUUCAUGAUUCAGUCAAGAAUGUCUAUCGAAUUCUUUCGGUCGACGGUUCAAAAGUGUUAAUCAAUACAAUCGUGACUGCACGCAUGAGUUUCACUAAGACCUCGCAGAAGUUUUGUCAAUGGGUUGAUUCGCGCGCUAAUCAUGUAUAUGGAUUAGGUUUUUCGAAUGAAAGUGAUUUAACACGAUUCAUGGAGAAGUUUAUCGAAGUGAAAGACGCAACACGACAAGCACUCAAACAAAAUGAACAUCGAAGUAGUAGUGUCGAUGCUCGACAAACACCUCGUUCUGAAGGCGAUUGGUCUAUUCAUUCCGGUGGAUUAGAUCCACUCAUACAUAGUCAAUUGAAGCAAGAAAAUGCUCAUCUAAAACUCGCUCUUGCUCAGAGUUCGACGAACGCGAAAAAAUGGCAGGAAGAGUUGGAAAUCUUGCGAAAUAAUAAUGCAAAACUGACGACGGCGUUGCAAGAAAGUCAUGCCAAUGUCGAGGAAUGGAAACGACAGUUACAAUUUUAUCGAGAUGAAUGUACUCGGCUUCGACAAUUGGUUUCAAAUCAUCAUUCGCCAAACGAUGGACAAAUAAGUGAAGCACAGGAAUUGAAAAAUCUGCUCGACAAAGCCGAUGAACGUAAUCGCGAACAAGAACAAAAAAUCCUUCAACUCGAAAGUCAACUUCAACGCUAUAUGACUCAGAUCAAUACUCUCGAAGAUCGUUUUGCUUCAACUGAAGAGGAUAAUCAAAGACUUCGAAAUGAAAUCUCGACUAUACAUAGACGUACACCAUCGAGUACUCACGGCACAAUGUCUCGUUCACCUAAUCGAAAUGUCGAACAACUAACUCGUCUUAGGGAUCUAUUUGAAAUGAAAACCAACGACUUGAAUCAAACUCUCGCAGCUAAAACUCAAGAUUUACAACGAUUAUGCUCGCAAAUAACUCAGACAAUAACAGAAUUUUAA